AUGGAUUCAAUCAAGCAAUCCCUUAAUGACCUGGCACAUCACUUUAACACCACAAUGGCUGAGUUCCAGCAGAACUUGAAUACUUCAAUUCCAGCAACAAGUCCAACCUCAAACAUAGCGGCGCAAUUUAGUACAUUUCGAACCUUUGUGCUCUCGGCGCUUGAAAAUCUUCAGCAGCAAGUAAAUCACCUCUCUAAACAACAAGAUCAUCUUGAUAUGAAUACUAGAAAGAAAAUCCUUUUAGUACAUGGUGUUCCGGAAGCUAAAAAUGAAGAUGUGACUGCAGUAAUGGUCAAACUUCUAUCUGACCGCCUUGACUUGCCAGACCUUUCAAUAGAGGAUAUCAGCCGUUGUCAUCGCAUAGGAAGCUCCAAAGUAGACAAACAUCGCGUAGUCCUUAUCAAAUUUAAGCGGUUGUUGAUCAGGAAUCAGGUUUGGUAUGCUAAGACCAAACUUAAAAAUACAGGUACAACCAUAUCCGAAUUUCUCACUAAAACCAGACAUGACGCCUUCAUGGCUGCUAGGCAGCGCUUUGGUGUCUCCAAAUGCUGGACAAGGGAAGGAGUCGUAUUUGUUAUUACGCCCAGUGGAACUCGACAUCGCAUUAGUUCGCGUUCGGAGCUCGACAAUAUUCCCGGACCAACUGACGUCCAUGUGCCAGCUGCUAAUACUGGUGCCGCGUCUACUCUCACAUCUUCAAAAGCAAGAGCAGCUGCACCAACGCAAGUGAACCGGGCCAGGCGCAACAUCAAGAAG